AUAAACCUGUGGCCUUCCGGCGGUCUCCUGCUCCCUCCCCUCCCCUUCCCCUUUCCUGAACCCUGUGGGUCCUCCUAACCUCUCCCAACCCUUUUACCUCUUCAUUUUAAUCUAGGAACUGACAGCGACCGUAACCUAAGUACAGGUACACUAGACCGUUCUGUGAAAGUCCGUAAAAUUUAACCGCUGCUGUCCCGGUCGCCACCUUUGGGGUACCUGGCCUAGUCUGUGUUCAGUGAUCUUUAAGGCUCAACAGAGAUCUGGGCAACUGGUAACCAUGAGCGAAUGGAUGAAGAAAAGCCCCUUAGAAUGGGAAGAUUACGUUUAUAAAGAAGUGAGAGUGAUAGCCUGUGAGAAGGAGUAUAAAGGAUGGCUUCUAACCACAGAUCCAGUCUCUGCCAACAUUGUCCUCGUAAACUUCCUUGAAGAUGGCAGAUUGUCUGUGACUGGAAUCAUGGGCCACUCUGUGCAGACUGUGGAAACCAUAAGUGAAGGGGACCACAGAGUACGCGAGAAGCUGAUGCAUGUGUUUGCAUCUGGAGACUGUAAAGGAUACAGCCCCGAGGAUCUGGAAGAGAAGAGGACCAGCCUCAAGAAAUGGCUGGAGAAGAACCACAUUCCUGUCACCGAGCAGGGGGAUGCACAAAGGACUCUCUGUGUGGCUGGGGUUCUGACUAUAGACCCACCAUACGCUCCAGAAAACUGCAGCAGCUCCAAUGAGAUCAUUCUGUCCCGAAUUCAGGAUCUUAUUCAAGGACAUCUUUCAGCUUCCCAGUGAGAGGCCAAGCACUGUGAACAUGCUGGCUUCACCGUUUGGUUUUGUAUUCAAUUCUUCCAAUGUAAGUUGAUUAUAUUACAAGACAUCAGAAGCACAUGAGGGUUAUAGGUGUGUGUGCGUAUUUUAAGGUUUUGUUCAGAUCAGAUCAGAUGAGUAGAUCAUGAGUGCUGGGUUCCUUAGGAAUUGAAGGUACAAGAGCAGUGCCUCUGUGAAAAUAACACAGGGAAGUCAGAUUUGAAAGGAGCUUUUCUUGUGUGUGAUUUAAGAUAAAUUGCCCUUUUUUGUGAGACAAGAAUACAUUUUGAAUAGGUAUAACAAUGAAAUAAAUUUAUAAAUUUCAAUAUAAGAUAUUAAAGUAAAAA